AAGGCCCCGCCCCAUUCCGCAGCGAGGCCCCUCCCCUCUCCCUCCUUCCCAACACACACACACACACAUAUACACACACUUUUAUACCACCACCACCGGGGCGAGAAAGAAGACGUGAAACAUCGAGUGAACCAGCCGACUCCUCACGCUCGCAGUGAUGUCAGAAUCUGGGGGCUGCCGCUCCUCUGUCUCCUCCGUCUCCUCCAUCUCUUUGAUGGAGAUCAAGGCUGAGACUCAUCUAGUCCUAAAAGCUUUUCUCCAUCGGACCCUUUCUACCCCGAUGAAAGAGAGGCCUGGUAGAGUCGGAGGUACCUACAUAGACCACGACAAGUACAGUGCUAGUGCCAAGCCACAAACAAAAGCAAAGGAUGGGUUGGCUUCUCAGGCUGAAGAUGCCAGCUCUGCCGAUGAGAAGAAGAUUGGCUUCAAAGACUUAAUAAAGCAGCUGCCUCGUCGGAACACCACACGUCGCACUACUAAAGACCAGAAAGGCUCACUGGACCGUGACAGGAAAGCAAGAUCAUCAAACCUCAGAGACCAAAUAGAUGACGAUGUUGUCUCCCCCUCCUCUGCAUCAGAAGAUGAUGAAAAUGAGAAGAAACAGCAGAAGAAGCUGAAGCAAAAUAAGAUCAAGAAAAAGAUCUCAAAGUUCUUCAGGUUGAAGUUAGAGAAAGAGAAGGACAAAGAGGGGCAUGGAUCCUAUCCCAAUAGGCCGAGUACGCCAGUCAACCAAGGACCAGGACCUACCGAGCCCAUCAUCUCUCCAAACCACCCUCUUGACUUCUAUAAUGAGGUAGCAGAGAAGCUGGAGAAGAUUGCGCAGAGGUCCACCAGUAUAAAGAAACCGAGUCCUACAGCCCAGGUUUCACCAGCAGUGUACGACAAAGAGGCGGUGGUGCAGCAGCUUGUUCAGCUGCUCUCUUUGGAGGCCGAUUCUAUCAACAACAAGAUCCAGUCAGACCCCUUCCUGCGCUCCAGCUUCGCUCGUCUCUCUUAUGCAUCGUUUGCCAAUCUUCUCGACGCCGUCAGCAGUAGCCAGGUGUCUGCGGACCCCCUGCCGCCAUCGGCUAGUCCGACGCUGCAACGCAUGGCCAUCACCAUGGAGGUAUCACGGCGGAUAGUGACAGCCACUGGAACCAUGCGCAUGCAGGGCUAUGCAGAGUGCUACAUGGAGACCUUUGCCCCCUGGGUAAAGAGUCACGGAGGAUGGGAGAAUGUCGAUUUCGAGGAGCCUCUAGAGUACGACUGAGUUCUGAGAGCUGCCAGGUGUUUUAUUCCGCUGGUCAACGCUGAACUCUGGAUCAUCACAUCGAAGUGAAGACACUUCGGAUGAAGCUCACUCUGCUCCGUCACUGGACUCAUCUGAGAAGCUUCUAAAGGCCCCUUUGAUUCAUGAUGAUCCUUGACCAGGAAGCAGCUUUUUCACAAGUUACUGAUUUCAUAUGGCCAGAAGAAGAAGAAGUUAUUAGUUGUUACUGACUAAUAUAGAUUUUUAUCAAAAGACUCGUCACUCAGUUUGAGAGUGAGAGACGGCAUGGCCUUUGAGUUUUGGUAGCACUUGACUCUCUAAUUCUGUCAGUGAUUUAACUGAGACUGAAGCAGAUUGCUGAAGUGGUUUUACAAAAGUUACUGAGGGUUUUUAAAAAAAACUUGUUUAAAGAAAAUGUUACAUUGUAAUAUUCAAAACCAAACAUAGACUAUACUAGACGCAGUCACCGGUUCCGAAAAGUGAAGCUAAAACCUGUAUUCUAUGGAAUGACCAGCAGAGGGCAACUACACUGGUUGCAAAAAGUCAGUUUCUAUAGAAGUCUAUGAGUUUUUACCCCUACCCCUUGCCCCUUCCCCUUGGGGUUGAAAAUCAACCCUCUACCAAAUGGGACAACCCUUCGAACGAGAUACGUCAUCCGUAGUCGCCUAUGGCUUUACUCAGGCAGACGCAACGUGUUUUUACUGGAGAUUCAAAAUGUCUGGAAUGAUGGAGAUAUCGUUGCGAAGAUGCUGUUGCAGUUAGUAUGUUGGGCAUGACAGGACAGGUGAAUCCCACUGAAAAUACCCUGUGGUCUAAAAUGACGGAACAGCCCAUCAUGUUAGUUGUGGCACUAAUUUAAUGCCUAACGCUGCUUUGCGACUAGCAGGUUUUUUUGCGACUAGUGUUUUUUUGCGACUACCGUUUUUGUUUUUGCGACUACCGAUUUAUUUUUGCGACUAGCAAUUUUUGGAGUGGUUUUUAUGAAGAAAAGCUCUAUAAUACAUUGAAACGACAAACAAAGGUUGUCGUCAAUUAUUAACGGAGAUAAUAGAAAUUCGUGAGUUUCUUUGGUGACCUUGGACAUUUUUUCACCCGACUUGCCCGUGAUCCGCAAGGCAUAUCUCACAGCCCCCCGUUUGGAGUGUGGCUCUGGGAAAUCUCCGUUUGGAGGGCCUUCUAGCCCUCCGCCUCAGCCCCUAAAGGGAAUUCAGAAACCCCUACCACUACAGGUGAACGUGCAAAACCAAGGGGUAGGGCUAAGGGGUAGGGGCAAGGGGUGAAAUGGGAUUGAGCCAAGCUCUCUGAACCCUUCCAUUUUCCAAAUGAACAUGUCACUCCUCACUGCUCCUCCCACUCUCCCCUGGCCUCGGGAGGGAGUAGACUGUUCCACCUAAAACACAAGUUUUAAACGAGUCAGUUUCAUCCUCCCGGCACCUAGAUGUUGCACCAGUUGCCAGUGCGGUGACAGGAAUAUAAUCGCUUAGCAGCCUCCUGUGCAUUAACACUGCCACCUUUAGUUUUCAUUGUUAAAAUCCGAAACAAUCUGAGUUUUCAUCCGUGAACAAGCACUGACAUGUCAUCACCUUUUAAGUUGACAUGUGGAACUUUUCUUGGGGAGUGCUGUUUGUGUCCAAGGGGCAGUAAGCCAUUUUGGAGAAAGCUCGUCUCUCUCUUUGUUGUUGUUGACAUCUCACUGCUCGAUUACAUCAUCAUCUGAUAAAUUGAUUGUAAAAAAUAUUGUUUUAAGGAAUUACGUCUAUUGUCUGAUGUAAAACAAAGGAACUCCCUGCCACCAAAACUCAAAUCCCCUGAUGAACAUAAUCUGUCACUGAUACAGACCUACACUACUGUAAACUGUCUACAUAUUUUUCUUUCUAAAGUUAAUAACUGUGUAUUUUAUAGUAUUUUCUAUAUAUUUGAUGUUUACUGUCAGAGGAUGUUCUUACAGAAGUGGCAGUCAGGAACAGUUGGCACAAAGGAAUGUGAUGAGAAUAUGGACUCUCUUUAUCAUUUCUCAACCAGAUGCAAAUCUCUGCUUGGCUUCAUUCCAGUAUGGGGAACUUUUUUCCCUGUCCAGUGUUUUAUUGUUCUUACAGUUUGACUUUGACAUAUCGGUAAAAGAGAGAAGAGCAUCAGCUCAUAAAUGCAAUGCCUUCUUAUUUACAGCACAUAAGAGCAAAUGGGGCUGGGAGGGAAACAAGAUAUAACCAGUCUCAAAAAAUGAUUUUAAUGAAGUGGGGGGGACUGGCAUUCUGAUAAAAGCAGCAUUUAUCUUUAUUAAGAUGUACUUGUUCACUCUGUUGAAUAACUUUUCCCAUGAUAAGUCAUGUGGUGCUCAACCUAAAACCUCUCUCUGGAUAUGAAAAAUAUCAGCCACACCUGACCUCCUGAAUGUGGGUUGUUGUUAAGCCAUUUUACGUGGUAACAUUAUUAUUAUUAUUAUUGGAAUAUACUUGAGUGUCUGUACAUGAACGGUUGUGUCUUUACAAGGUAUUUAUUAUGAAGGCAUCUUGCAUUCUAUUACUAUGAGACAUUGAGGUCUGCACUGUUAUAAGUUAUUUAUAAUGACGUUAUCUAUAAGGAGUCUGACUCACCGUACUGACUGUAUGACAGUAUAUGACAUAGAUAACAUGGCGUAUACAGUCUUGAGAAUAAUUUGUAUGUUUCUUUAAAAUUUGUAAUUUUUUUAAGGUCUGUAAGUCUCUGUUCUACUUUAUAUUCUUUUUUUUACAUAAACGCAUCUUUAAAAAAUGA